UGACCCUUCUUCAUUGUCAUUGCCCAAUCUCUCUCUCUUUCUCUCUCUCUCUCUCAAGAUGAAAACGGACGAGUGGGUCGAGGUUGCGUUAACGGACGACGAGGUGGUGGUGGAGCUCUUGCUACGUCUGAAGCAGUCGUCCGAGUCGGAGGCGAUGCAAGCGCCGCCGCAGCUAGCGCCGCCGGCGGGGUGGGGGCAGAGGCAGCCCCGAUCGAAGCCGACUUUCACCGCCGCGAAGGAGAACGAGUUGAUGAGGUGCAGCCCCACCACGCCGCUCUCCUGGAGCGGCGGUGGCGGCGCCUCCUCGAGCGACGGAUCCGAGCGGUCCUCCGGAGACAGAUCCAAGGGUUCUUUUGCUUGUGAGGAGGCCGCCCUUAACCAGCGAUCAAGAAGAAAAAAGACAUUCGCCCAACUUAAGGAGGAGGAGAGUUUGUUGCUCAAGGAAAGAACACAUUUGAAGAAGGAGAUAGCAACGUUGCACUUGACCUUCACCGAACAGAAAGCCGCAAGCGAGAAUUUGAAGAGACUCAAGCUUGAUCUCUAUUCACAAUCAGCAGCAAAUGAGACCAGAGAAAGAUCUAGCCCUGACUGCGAGCCAGUCUCAUCAUCAACAAUCCCAAGGCCGCCCCCUGCUCCUGGUUCCUGCGGGGCUGCAGAAAAGGAAGCAGCCGAGACCAGAGAGAAAUGCUUCAUUCUACCAGACCUAAACAUGAUGCCAUCCGCAGAGGACUCAAGCUGCGAAAGCUUAUAUGGGUUGAGCUGAGCUGAGCUGAAACAAGCCCUUCUGUUUGCCUGUUCCCAUCCAAGCAAGGGUCCCGAACUAUUACAAAACCGGCUUCUUGCCUGCGGGGAAAGGAAACUAAGUUCAUGGAUAGAAGAAUGAUGGUUGGGGAAGUUUGCCGGAAAAUGCAAAGAUUCUUGGGGGCAGCCAGAGCCAGACGGAAGGAAAGAGGAAGCUAAAAAGCCUGCGGAAAACUUGGCUUGUUUUUUUCAGGUUUAUUAGUAUAGUUUUAGUGGGUUAUUAUAGAGGAGGAGGAGGAGGAGGAAACUAAGACAGAGUGGUUAGUAAGUAAUGUGCCUUAAUUCUUUGGCUGGUACAGUUUGUUUGUUAACUACUUGUUUAGACCUUUGUUCUAAUGGUUGGUUGGUUCGUUCGUUCAUUGGUU